UUUUAAUUUUUAAUUUUUACAUUUACAUAUGGCCGCCCUGUUGCGCAGUUUACGUUGUUUGUUGCUCUUCGUCCCUUUUCAAGUUCUUUCUGUUCACCGGCUGAGUCCGUCCUAUCAUUCAAACAAAACAGCCUUUGUCUGUCCUUCCUUUCUCACCAACAGAGGUCACAUGCUUGACACCUUGUCAAUCCAAUCCCUAUUGUCACUCAUUAUCUGCCCUAGAAUCUGCAUAGGCGGAUGCUAUAUCAUUCCUAGUGCUCUGGAAACGCCACAACUCAUAAGUCUUCUUCAGUAUUGAUACAAAGUCGAUCAAAACAACGUUUUAGUUUACAAGACACUUGCGGGUACAAAAAGAAUUAAAAAAAAAUUUAAACCCCAAUUAGAAGAACAAGGAAAGUUUUGGGGAAAUAGCAAUGAGGGUCACCAACUUGAGCGUCCUGGCCACCCUAGCCAGCUGGGCAGCGGCUGCUCAGAGUGAGAGAACCUUUGCUGUACUUCGAUUUGAUGGCGAUGGAUUUAUGACCGAGGGUCGGGUCGACCCCAUUAUCAGCCCUGGAACCGUGUCCAGCCACCUCCAUGGUAUUAUGGGUGGAAGCAACUUUGGUACAACUGUCGAGGGGGACCAGCUACUUUCAUCGCCUUGCACGAACGCCAAGAUCAAGAACGACAAGAGCAACUAUUGGGCUCCCCAAGUAUUCUUCCAUGAUCCCAACAAUGGGACUUUCACGAAAGUUCCACUGUUCUACAUGAAUGUUUACUAUUUCUUUGAGCCUACCGACGAUGAGAUCGAAGCAUUCCCUCCUGGUUUGAAGAUGGUCAGUGGCAAUGCUAUGACAAGGGAGCCGCCUGCAUUCGGCGGUGCCAUCAAUCUGGAUCCCGGCGCUGGUGCCGUCCAGCCCAUACAGUUCACUUGCCCACGCGCAAACUACAACCCCCCCUCGUACCCUUCAGGCUCUGAUGGCACGGCAGCUGGAAUACAAGAUCCGAACAAUGCAGGUGCAGGUGCUGGUUUCCCUCUUUACCCUUGCGACGGCUACGCUUCACCUAUGAGAGCUGACAUUCACUUCCCUUCAUGCUACAACCCAAAAGCUGGCCUUGAGGACUAUAAGAACAACAUGGCAUUUCCCACAGUCACCAACGGAAAGCAAAAUUGCCCUUCAGGCUGGACUCAUGUACCGCAUAUCUUCUUUGAGCUAUACUGGAACACCCCUCUUUUCAGCGACUUGUGGACACCCGAUGGCGUUGCCCAGCCGUUCGUCAUGGCCAAUGGAGAUGUAACUGGAUAUAGCUCGCAUGGUGACUUUAUUUCGGGAUGGGAUGAGCCCACUCUGAAGAGAAUUAUUGAUACAUGCAAUGCUGGCUCAAGUGGCAUGGAUCAAUGUCCUGAUAUUCCAGGUGGCCUGAACGAUGACAACAACUGCAAGAUUAGCGACCCGGUCGCUGAGAUCUUGAGCCUUGCUAGCGCGUUAACGGCCCUCCCAGGCGACAACCCUCUCUCUGGCUGGAAAUACGGUAGCAGCGGCUCGAGCGGUAGUGGUUCUUCCAACAGCGCAAGUUCUUACCCAACUUCGGGUGCUACCAAGUCAAGUACCACUGUUUCUAGCGAUGAUACCAAGUCAACUACCAUUGUUUCUAGCGGUGUUUCUUCGUCUGCUCGCAUUGUGUCCUCGGCGGUUUCAUCGUCUUCCUAUAUUGUAUCCGCAGCAGAGUUCUCGUCCACAUCUAUCGCUUCUUCGGCCAACCACAGUGGCAAGAAGAGCAAGGGCUCGUCUACAUAUGGCGCUUCACCGACGGAGACGUCGACUUCAGUCGUUGCUGCUGAACAAUCCGACUAUCCCACAGUCGUCGCUGCAGCUGCACAGACAGCUUCAGGCGACGGCGAUCUUGGUCUCCUUACAUCAACGAUUUAUGACAUCGUCACAGCGACUCAAACUGUUACUGUUUGGGCAGAAGAGACUUCACCGAUCAAGCGUCACGUUCACGAACAUGGUGGUCAUCUUGCUCGUCACCGACGAUCCGGCCACAUGCGCAGAUGAACUGCGCCUACCUUCAUUUCUUGUAUACACUUUCUAGGGCGACGGCGCAGAGGCUGCUUGGAUAGAAGAAACGCACUGGGCUGGUUACAAAAUUUGAGUUAUUCAUUUGGAUAUGAUACGACGCCAUGUUGAAGUCCUGCUUGGACAGGGUUUUGCAUUUGAUUGUUUGGUUCGAUUGUAUUUGUUAGAUCUUCAAUUCUUUGGCGGGGCCGUUGCCUGAAAUAGGUAAUGUCACGGCCUCACCCCUUCACAUCUCAGUUGGGGUAUCUACUACUCAUGACUGGCAUUCUCAGUGUCCCUAUACGGAGUAUCUGGACAGAGGAAUUCAAUUAGCCAGAUUCUACAACCUCGCG